GUGCUGUUCCCCGCAAACUGGGCCGAUGACCAGGUCCCGCGUCAAGCAACCGCACCUCAAAGGCGAAAUCUGGAUCAUGCUCCACGUUUCCAGCAGUCCACCUAGGGCCAGCUUUAAUGCGAUAAGAUGAAGCGAUUUGACACCGAGUCAAUUGCCGUCGAGGAUUCCGAACCUCCGACCUAAAUUCUUUUCUUCAGUACUUAAGGUUGCUGGAGGCACUUCUAAGUCUCUUUUCAUUAUCUUCAAUCCAAAGCUUUUGCUCUGACGCCCAGCGCUCUUUCUUCUGAUUACACUUUGCGUUCUGAUUACGCUUUGCGUCAUUAUUGACCCUUGUUCUUCGUAUCUUUCUCUCUAUAUAUUCAGCCUCUAUACAUUCUGUUGCUCAUUAUGGACAAGAGCAUGACUCCUCGAGAACGUGUCGGCAACACCGCCAGUUCUUCGACUAAUUAUGAUAUUGUCAUCAUUGGCGCCGGACCUGUAGGACUUUUACUGUCGACUUGUCUAGCACGAUGGGGUUACAAGAUAAAACAUAUCGACAACCGCCCCGAGCCGACGAAGACUGGCCGCGCAGAUGGCAUACAGCCCCGUUCUUUGGAUCUUUUACGCAAUAUGGGUCUGAAACCUGCUAUCAUGGCCCAUGAGCCGGCGAAAGUCUACGAAGUCGCUUUCUGGGAUCCCAGCUCGAACGGGAUUCAUAGAACAGGAACCUGGGCCAGUUGUCCAAGCUUCAUUGAUGCUAGAUAUCCGUUUACGACACUUCUUCACCAGGGUCUGAUUGAACGGGUCUUCAUAUCUGAUUUGGAAAAGAACGGAGUUACCAUCCAGAGGCCAUGGACAAUCAAGGGUUUCAAGACAGAUGAGAAGGUAGAUUCAGAAUACCCAGUCGAAGUGGACUUGGAGCAUGUUGAUGGGAAAGGAAAAGAAACCGUCCGGGCAAAGUAUCUCUUCAGUGGCGAGGGCGCUCGAUCGUUCGUCCGGGAUCAAUUGAAGAUUGGGAUCAAACACAAGGACCCAAUAGCUCACGUCUGGGGCGUCAUGGAUGGGGUGGUGAAGACGGACUUUCCGGAUAUCAAGAUGAAAUGCACGAUACAUUCUGACCACGGAUCUAUUAUGGUUAUUCCACGUGAGAACGAUAUGGUCCGUUUGUACAUCCAGAUUGCGUCAUCGACAGACAAAGAUUGGAACCCUCGGAAGUCUGCCACAGAAGAAGAGGUGCAGAGUUCCGCGAAGCGAAUACUGCAGCCCUACAAUAUUGAGUGGGAACGAGUUGAGUGGUAUUCGGUAUAUCCUAUUGGACAGGGUAUUGCGGAUAAAUACACUCUCGACCACAGGGUUUUCAUGGGUGGUGACGCUUGCCAUACCCACAGCCCCAAAGCUGGACAAGGUAUGAACACCGCAUUUCUCGACGCUUUGAACCUCGCCUGGAAGAUCCAUCAUGUCGAAGCUGGUUUCGCUGAUCGCUCUAUCCUGGAAACGUACGAGUCUGAACGGAAGCUCGUUGCCGAAAACUUAUUGAACUUUGAUGCCAAGUACGCUGCUCUAUUCUCUCAAAAAGCACCCGCUGCGAAGGAUGUAGCAGCAGCCACAGAGCAGAAAAGUGGUGAUGCGGAGGAAAACCAAUUCAUCAAGACAUUCAAAGAAUCCUGCGAGUUCACCAGUGGGUACGGAGUUGCUUAUGACCCAAAUGCUCUCAACUGGUCGGCGUCACACCCAGCAAGUUCGAACAUCAUCAAUCCAAAAGGCAACAAACUUCGCACUGGUCGAAUCCUCAUCAACUCGAAUGUUACACGUGUUGUUGAUGCCAAUGUGGUUCACUUAGAGCAAGAAAUCCCAGUCAACGGCUCUUUUAGAGUUUAUGUCUUUGCUGGAAACCCUUCCACUACAGGUCAAGCACUCCGCGAUCUCGCGGAGAAUCUGAAGAAAAAGAACUCUUUCUUUUCAUCGUACUUACGACCUGAUAUUGAUUCUGUAUCGCAUCAUGAACGCCACAAUCCCCACUCUCACUUCUUCUCGUUAUGUACUAUUUUCGCUAGCAAGAGGGCGGAAAUUGAGAUCUCGAGGGACGUUCCAGACAUUUUGGCUCGAUACAGGGACCAUGUGUAUGCGGAUGACAUUUGGGACCAGCGGGUCCCUGAUGCGAAGGCUGCAGCACAUGCGAAGAUGGGGUUGGACCGGGAGAAAGGAGGAGUUAUUGUUGUUAGACCGGAUGGGUAUGUUGGAAUUGUGUCCUCGCUGGUUGAGGGCAGUGGAACGGUGGAUGCACUUAAUGAAUACUUUGCGGCAUUCGUUACAAAACGAUUGGGCGAGCGACGAGCGCAAUUAUAGUGUAGCAUUUCUUAGGUACUUUUGGAGUACAUAUUGUAAUAUUUACAAUACAAUGAAUGUCCUC